CAAUGGUGUUUCCUCUUUUAUUUACUGUGUAGUGAACACGAGAGAAAAUAGAGGUGUGUUUGUUUAAAUGCACACGUACUAUUUACACGUAAGUAUAGUAAAUACACAGUAUACAUACCCGUAAUCUGUGGAAUAUACACUCCUACACAUACACACAAAAUCACUGCACACUGUACCUACGAAACCGUCUGAAAUAGUGUAAACAAGUGUAUAUAUAAAUAAAGCUUUAAAGUGUAGAUUGAAUCGUAAGCAGCAACCAUGUCAGGGUCGUUACCACCACAGUUGAUGCAAUACUUUGCACCCAGACUAGCAUUAGAGUAUAAACCACCUGCCGAUAAAUUACCACUGGAUAGAAAGCAUGUGGAACUCACAGGAAUCGCCAGCUUUGUCUCUCUAUUUGAGGACCCCAAAGACACACCCGCGCCCACAGUAGGGGAAGACCCCGAGGCUAAGCUUAAGCGUUUGCGCGAUGAGAAGAAAGAAAAGAACGAGAAACGCAUCGCCGAGGAGAUCGCGAAUUGGAAUCCCAAGGAAGAGAAUAAAGAUGUGAAGACAUUGGAUGCUUUUAAAACUUUGUUCGUUGCUAAACUGAAUUACACAACAUCGGACUACACACUAAGGCGCGAGUUUGAGCAGUACGGUGAAAUUGCAAAGGUGGUCGUCACAAAGAGUGCCAUCGAUCACAAGCCCAGGGGAUACGCCUUUAUCGAAUUUGUGAAGGAGAGCGAUAUGCGAAGUGCAUACAAACGCGCCGAUGGCAUGAAGAUCGAUGGACGCCGUGUAGCUGUCGAUGUGGAAAGAGGCCGUACCGUCAAAGGAUGGAAGCCCAGACGCUUUGGCGGUGGUCUUGGGGGUCGAAAGGUUGUCAGUGGCCCACCUCGACCUGUGGCCAGAGAGGAAAGCAGAGCCCCGUCUUCGUACGACUACAGAGGUGGGAGCGGUGGCUACAGCCGCGACAGUGACCGUGGGAAGGGUGGGGGUGACUCGUACCGAUCAUCACGUGGGGGUGGCAGUAGCUACGGCGGCGGUGCCGAUGACCCUAAUAAAGCCCCCAUUGGUGCUCGUAGAGGCCGCGAUGACGAUAGAGGCGACAGAGAUAGGGAUUCAAGGCGGGAUUCGCGCAGAGAUGAUCGCUCGAGGGACGACCGGGGUAGGAGUGAGAGAUCGGAUAGAUAUGAAAGGUCGCGAUCGCCGCGCAGAAGAUAAAUAUUAUGUAUAUGUAUACAUAGAGAGCAAAAUUGUGUAAGUGGUUUACUGCCUCGGAUUUUUGCAGUAGACGAUGGGUAUUAGCCGGUAGUAGACAGAUGAAGCUGCAUCUGACAGAAUAUACUGGUUUUGAUCAUGAUACGAAUAGCUUCCUUUUCAGGAAGAUUUCAGCUGUAUGACUCCCUGAUUUUCAGCAUUGGCUUUGCGCAUGCUCGCAUGUGACAAGGAUUUAUUGUAUGCCUUUUCGCUUCAAACAUCCCUGGCACAUAUACAUACCUAGCCAAGAAAAGUACCUCUCUGUGUGAGCCUGA